AUGGGAAGCAUUGCUGAACCGGUGCUGGGGCUGCUGGUGUGGACCCUGAUUGCUGGAACAGAAUACUUUCUCUAUCCAGCCUUUGGCUGGGUGAUGUUUGUAGCUGUGUUUUACUGGGUUCUCACCGUCUUCUUUCUGAUCAUCUACAUGACAAUGACCUACACCAGGAUCCCGCAGGUGCCAUGGACCAUGGUGGGUUUGUGUUUUAAUGGAAGUGCCUUUGUUUUGUAUCUCAUUGCUGCCAUUGUAGAUGCAUCUUCAGUUACCAAAGAUCUGGACAAUCACAAUUACAACAGCUGGGCAGCUUCUUCAUUCUUUGCCUUUGUGGUUACCUCCUGCUAUGCUGGAAAUACGUAUUUCAGCUUUAUAUCCUGGCGAUCACGAACUUUGCAGUAAAUACUUUGUUAAAGUGAAUUAUGUUGUGUAAAGUCCUUUGAGGAUUAUUCAUUUUUGAGAAAAGCUUGGAAGAGGGGUGAGGUAUUUUUGAACAUUUCUCCUAGAAUCGACACGAUAUAAACUGAGAUCAGUUGAUUAUUUAUAAUAAUGCCAUCUUUAGAGACAUUUUUACCUGACUUUGUACUAUAUAAUAAAAUUUCAUACUGCUUUUUUUAAAAUUAACAUAGUAUUUUUCUAGACAUUGUAUAAUUGUUACUGCUAGACCUUUAAAAAAAUCUUACUCAAUGUGCCAUGUAUGUGAAUGUAACUUUUUAAAUGUUACUGUUAUACUUUUGAUACUGAAGGCUACCAAAACUAAGAUUGAUAUUGUAUCAUUAUUAUGUAUGAAAAAGUGACAUUGUGCAGAAAAAAACCCACCUGAAAGUUUAAAAAAUAAAUAAAUAAAUGAUCCAACUGU